AUGACAAAAAUAACUCAGUUUAUUAAUAUUUCAAAGCGUUUAUAUUCCGGAGCUACGGGGAAAAUAAAGGCCCAGAAAUAUGUACUUACUAAAUAUUUUCAAGGCGAGCCGAAAGAAAGCGAUUUUAAAAUAGUUGAAGAAGAAUUACCUGAGCUCAAAAAUGGGGAAAUAUUGACGCAAGCUGAAUAUCUAAGCGUUGACCCAUACAUGCGUGCAUAUAUGAUUGGCUACAAAUUACCAACAGACAUGAUUGGAGGUCAAGUGGCGAAGGUUAUAGACAGCCGUAACGAUAAGUACCCAGUUGGUAGUUAUGUUACGGAUUCAUACGGUUGGCGGACCCACACUAUAUGUGACCCCAACAAACCAAGACUUCCGGGAGUUAUGCCGCUGACCCGCGUUCCUGAUAUCAGCCCUCAUCCAAUAUCUCUAGCUCUGGGUGUCUUGGGAAUGCCUGGUAAUACGGCUUAUUUUGGCUUGAACGAAAUUUGUCAACCCAAAGCGGGCGAAACCGUGGUAAUAACUGGAGCUGCUGGUGCAGUGGGCUCGCAUGUUGGACAAAUUGCGAAGAUAUUAGGAUGCAGAGUGGUAGGUUUUGCGGGAUCAGAUGAAAAAUGUGAUUACUUGAUAAAGGAGUUGGGUUUCGAUCACGCUAUCAAUUACAAAACAGCAAACAUCCAGGCAGCUCUGAAAGCAGCAGCACCCAAUCGUGUAGACUGCUAUUUCGAUAAUGUUGGUGGCGAAAUUAGUCAUACCAUUAUGUCGUACAUGAAUAAAUACGGCAGGGUCGCAGUCUGUGGAUCUAUAUCUUCAUACAACGAUCUUAAACUUCCAAAAGUUACAAUAAUGCAACCGGCCAUUGUCUUCAAAGAAUUGAAAGUAGAAGGGUUCCUUGUUAACAGAUGGACCCACAGAUGGGACGAAGGGAUCGACAUGAACCUCAAGUGGAUACAAGAAGGCAAAUUGAAAUACAAGGAAGAAGUGUACCAUGGAUUUGAGAAUAUGGUGAAAGCUUUAAAUGGUAUUCUUCGGGGUGAGAAUACUGGAAAGGCUGUCGUCAAAGUUAAUUAA